AUGGAAACCCCUGCCAAGAGCCCUGAGGAGAGUGAGAAGUCUCCUCAGUCCAAGGAGCUGCUGAGCAGCAGCAACACAGCCAGCACCCUCUGCAUCAGCUCCCGCAGCGAGUCCGUCUGGACCAGCCCCCCCAGGAGCAAGUGGGAGAUCUACCACAAGCCCAUCGUGGUCAUGGCCGUGGGAGGAGCCACCUUCCUGCUGGGAAUAGUCAUCACCAGCCUGCCCUGCUUCCUCAACAGCAACAAGGACGUUUACAAGAUGUGUGGCCCCGCUUUCCUGUCCCUGGGGCUGAUGCUCCUGGUGUGUGGCCUGGUCUGGGUCCCCAUCAUCAGGAAGAAGCAGAAGCAGAGGCAGAAGUCCCAGUUCCUGCAGAGCCUCAAGUCCUUCUUCUUUAAUCGCUGA